AUGCUGCUCGAGGUGUACCUGGCCAGUGCCACUCCAGGAGCACCUGCCCAGUAUGCGGGAUACCAGGCGGACUACAAGACGUAUGAGGACUACAAGAAGGAAAUGGAGUCGGCUGGCAAGGGUGCCAUGAACUAUACGGCCUUCACCAAGGCUUACGAGAAGUACCAGCAGUUCAUGGACUACCUCCAUAAGGAGGAAUCCUUUCAUGCAUCGAGCCUGUUUUCUGCUCCGACUGGUGACCUUACCGGCUUCCAAGCAUCUUGCAGCAUGGACUGUUUCUGCGGAUCGCCGCCCGCGGUGAUGAAGUCAUACAAGCUGGUCUACUUCGACGCUCGCGGCGUAGCCGAGACGUGCCGACUCCUCUUUGCCGCCGCGAAACAGCCUUACGAGGAUGUGCGACUGUCCCUGACUUUCGGGAAGCCUGGGGACUUCAGUACCAUCAGCCGCCCCGAAUUUGAUGACAUGAAAGCGAAGGGUGACCUGGACGUCUCGCUGGGGAAGGUUCCUCUCUUGGAGGUGGAUGGCAAGAAGAUUGGCCAGUCCAAAGCCAUCGAGCGCUAUCUUGCUGCUGAUUUCGGGAUGAUGGGAGGGUCCAGCGUGGAGGCUGCCCAGGUCGACAUGCUGGGGGAGACUAUCAGGGACAUCAAGGAAGCCUAUCAGAAGGCCAAGGACGUCAAGGAGGAGGAAAAAGCAGCAGCGUUGGAGAAGUGGUUCAAAGAGGAUCUUCCAGACUGGGUGAAAAAAGCGGAGAAGUCCAUUCCUCCUGGCUCGGGGCCAUUUUUGGUCGGAGGCAAGAUUUCACUAGCCGAUCUCCAAUGGUACAUGUUGCUCCUGUCUCCGAACGGCUUCUUUGACAACACGGAGGGUGCCAAAGCCUCCUUCCAGGACUGCCCCAAAAUGAAGGCCGCCCUGCUUGCCGUGGAUACCGCGCCACAGCUCCAGGAGUACAUUGCGAAGCGAAAGAACACCAUGUUCUGA